AUGACUGAUUGCCAAGAUGAAGAAGGGCAUUUCACUGUAAAAUGGCACCUUGCAGAGAGUGUCAUUCAUGAUGUCACUCUAUCGCUUUCAUGGCGUAGCUACUCUUCUCUCUUCUUCAAUCUCGAUUGCCAUGGGCCAUUAUUGACACAACGCCACGCCCAGACGGCCGCUCUACCCUCCUCCAAAGGGAGCAGCUACUUUAUUUUCUCAAAAAUUGACGAAUGCCAAUCUCCCUGGCGACUGGCGGGCAGGACAACGACGUCUCUGUCUAGAGCAGACCCAAGGAGCGACCCUUGCUAUCAGUCUCUUGAACAUCCAGACCCCGCACCCUCUUCAGCUUCCUCGCCGUCUCCUAUCCACCGAGAGUCAAGGGAUAUGUCCUGCUCCUCGACACCCGCUAGGUAUAUUUCCACCCUAUCUGAUUACGAUGAAGGAAUCCACCUGAUCGAGUCGUCAGCAGAGCGCGCUUGGCUGCCCCAAUUUCUGAAAGACGGUUUCUUUGCGCCACGGGACGAUGGCCUGGAACGCCGGCCGGAUCUCAAGGCUGACGACUCGUGCAGCGCCUCGUCUGUUGACAAUGAUAAGCCGGCUGAUACGUCAACAGGGGGUUCUCCGGAAUUAGGAGAGAUUCACGAACACGCUGAAGAUGACACUGCUAUCAACGCCCAGCCGUGGAGGAAUGUUGACUACCUUUCUCAUGAAUGGAAGGAAGAAGACAUCUGGUCAUCAUGGAAAUAUAUUACCAGCCGCCGAGGAGAGCACCCUAAUAGCACCCGUUUGGAGAAUGCAUGCUGGAGAACAUGGAUAAAAUACAAAAACAACCUGAAGACUGUGUCUCCCGAAACGCUCAACUGGCUGAAAGAUAGUGAUGUGAGUUGGCUAUAUGGGCCCGUUCAGCCAGGUGCUAGCAAGAUCUACUGUACGCAGACUGGGCUUUCCGGUGCCUCAUUGUUACCGCCAAACUCACUAGUCAACAACAACAGGAAGCCUAUCUUGAAGAAAAGGAGCAUAUCAGAUAUAAUGCUGCAGAGACCAUUGUCAAUAUCAUCCUUACCUCAGCAGGUAACCCCAGUGGCCCAAGCGAGGCAGAAUGACAGCCGGCGAUUGAAAGAGCUUUCAUCUGAUCGCGCAGCGACGAGGGACCAUACCAUGUUUCCCUUCCCUUCGACGCCAAUGAGCUGUGAUACCUCGAGUAUGACCUCGAGUAUGCUGCCAUCGUCAGCAUCCACUGGGGUCUCAUCACCGGGUGUUGAGCGAAAACACAUCCACUUCAAUUAUAAAGUGGAGCAAUGUAUCGCCGUCGAGGUCAAGGACGACGAUGACGACGGCGAUAUCAGUACCGAUGCCGAUUCCGAAGACGGAAUCAGAAUGAAGCUGGACUGGCCGCGAAAGUCGGCGAAGGAGGGCAAUUCGUUACUGUCUGAUGGAAAGACAAUCGCAAUGCUUCCAUCAACGACAUUAAAACAUCGAGAACAUAUACUAGACGUCCCAGAAAAGGCUAUAUGUUACACCUCUAGCACCUUACACAGCCAUCUCGUUUUACCUUUCUCAGCACAAGAGACAUCUCGUCCACCCAAAGCGUCGGAUAGGUUCUCCGAGGAUUUAAUGGCUGCCUAUACAGACUUAGCCUGGUACAGCUCUGGGGGUUUCGAAGAACAUCGUCCGCACCGCAUUACUUCUACAGACAGCUUGACUGCCGAGCCAGCUGGCAUGUUUAUGCCUUAUGGGGAGGCGGUCACAUCUUCAAGCAAAGGGAUGUUUUGCCGCAUUAUUGACACCGUGAACACAGCCAGGGAUAUGGUCUAUGUUAUUUGGAACAGUGGCUGGAGAUGA